AUGUCAGCUCCUGCUGUGGCAGUUAACAUUUCAGGAACCUUUGGCGCUCUACUCAUUGGGGGGAUUGUGGCUUCUAUAUUCUCUGGGAUCGUCACGGUCCAGACCGUCGUCUACUUCAAGAACUAUUCACAUGAUGUCGCUAUUCUCAGAGUCCUUGUAAGCACCACGUCUUGCAAUUGCAUGCAUGUUCAUGGUCGCCUUAUCUACGCGCAGGUGGCUGCCGUCUGGUUUCUAGACUUCUUGCACACUAUCUUCGUCAGCAUGUCAUUAUGGGAUCAUCUCAUUGCGCACUUCGGUGAUCAGGCGCGGAUAGACUUUAUUCCUUGGUACAUAUCCCCCCACCCCUUCUGUAUGUAUAAUAACCUUUUUCCUACUGCUUUGUCCAGGUCUCUAGCCGUGAGUAAUCUCAUGCAGUACAUUUUGAUAGGAAAAUGGCUAAUACUUCGUCUUGGAUAUCAGACCACGAUCGCAUUGACGGCCGCCCUCACUUAUCUUGUACAUGGCUUGAACAAUUUCUUCAUUUCUGUGCCACUGGCUAUCCUCGCCACUGCUCGUCUUUGCUUCGCUUCAUUGACCACGAAUAAGCUGAUUACGCUUAGGAGCCUCAAACGUUUUGUUCAACUGUACACGUUCUCGUUCACUUCGGGAUUGGCGUUAUCAUCCGCGCUAGACGUCCUCAUCACAGGAUUUCUCUGCUACCUCUUAAGGAAGAAUCAAAAGAAAAUGUCCAGCAUGAAUCACGUCCUUGACAAGUUGAUCUUGUAUUCUUUUGAGAACGGAUCGUUGACUUGCGCUGCCGUUGUAGUGUCCAUGAUCUGUUGGUUAGAAAGGGGAAACAACCUCAUCUUCCUGGGCCUCCACUUUGUCAUCAGCAAAUUCUACGCCAAUUCUCUUUUGGCGACACUUAACACCCGGAAGGGUCUGCGUCCCGGUCACCGUGCUUCACCUUCCAACUCGAACGACCGCCAGCCCAUCAUGUUCCCAGACAACUUCCGAGGGCCGCGUCCCUCGAUGAAGAGACUUUCGGAGGAAGAGACCAAAACUACACCAGUCAGCACAUCUCUGUCAUCCGAGUCGUCUCCAGUUUAA